AUGAAUAACGAAUACGAUUACUUAUUUAAAUUAUUAUUAAUUGGAGAUUCAGGAGUUGGAAAAUCAUGUUUAUUAUUAAGAUUUGCAGAUGAUACUUAUACACCAGAUUAUAUUUCAACAAUUGGAGUAGAUUUUAAAAUUAGAACAAUUGAAUUAGAUGGUAAAACUAUAAAAUUACAAAUUUGGGAUACUGCAGGACAAGAAAGAUUUAGAACUAUUACUUCAUCAUAUUAUAGAGGAGCUCAUGGUAUUAUUAUUGUUUAUGAUGUUACUGAUCAAGAAAGUUUUAAUAAUGUAAAACAAUGGUUACAAGAAAUUGAUAGAUAUGCAACAGGAGGUGUUAUGAAAUUAUUAGUUGGUAAUAAAGCAGAUUUAUCAGAUAAAAAAAUUGUUGAAUAUACAACAGCAAAAGAAUUUAGUGAUGCUUUAGAUAUUCCAUUUUUAGAAACUAGUGCAUUAAGUUCUACAAAUGUUGAACAAGCUUUUAUUACAAUGGCAAGACAAAUUAAAGCUCAAAUGACAAAUAAUUCUAAUUCAAAUGGUAUUAAUCAAAUUGGUGGUUCAAAAAAUAAAAAUAAUGUUAAUUUAAGAGGUGAAUCAUUAACUUCAAAUCAAUCAAAUAGUUGUUGUUAA